AUGGCGCGUUUCCUAGCCCUCUUCACGCCCUUGUUCCUCGGCGCCACGCAGGCGGAAAACAACUUAAACAUAACGGCCCUGACGGGGAGGAACAAUGUGUCGGUGCUGGAGUGCUGGCAACUGAGCGCGCCGUUCGUCCCGGCUGAAUACCCCAAUUCUGUGAAAGUGGGUUUGGGUAAUUUGUCAAACGCGACAUAUCUCGUAGCUGAGGGCGAAUCGAAAUUAGGGCUGCAUAAUGCUCCGUAUAAGCAAUGGGUCUGGUUUAUCAACGGCCAGGCGGAAAUCACCUUGCCGAAUAAGACGGAUACGGCUCUUAUUGACGGCGGUAGGUACGGCCUCAUUUUCGCCGGCGACACGAAGGAUAUGUCGGGCUGGGGUCAUGAGACUAGGCUUAUAAGCGAUGGCAAGUUGAUGGUGAUUAUGAUUCCUGUCCGAGACAAUGUCGUGCCUUCGCACUCGGUUUUGAAUAACGGCCCUUGCGUCAUGGAUGAGCAGGUUGCGAUUUUCGAUGAGUGA